ACCUAUACUAAAUAUAUGGCCAUAAGCUCUCUUGUGUGAGUUGUGACUAUUAAAAUACACUAUUAUUAUAAAUAAUAUAUUCCAGCAGAUUGUAGCCUGCUAAGUUUCCUAUACAUAUGCACACACAACGUUUAAGGCUAGAAUAUAUGUACAAGUGAAUGCGUAUCGAUGCCGAGAAAUAAAUACGGCAGCGAAAUAUUAAAAUCGCAACAUUGUCCCAUCUCAAUUGUGUUGCUGGCAUAGGGCAGCACCUGUCAGCUUCGGAAUCCGAUCCAGCACACAUACAUACUUGGAUACUCUAAAUAUCUUUCACUAUGAAUCGCUCCGGUCUCAAGACUGUGAGUGAUAGUCAGGCCAAUUCGAUGAACGGCAGAAUGUCCAUGGGCGUGCAACGGGGUCCACGCAAACCAGAUGCAGCAUCAAGCAGGCGCAGCAUGAUACCCGUUGCACCCAGUCGAGGCCUGGCCUAUUCCAACAGCAACGCAUCGCAAGAGUCAUACCGUGACAGUGGUAGUUCGCAUGCGGGAUAUGCGCGACAGUCCAUGGCGACGGGUAGAAGGAGAUCAGCCACACGGGGAGAGAUACAACCUCCAAAGAAGGAUCGCCGCAGUACUGGCUUUGGACACCAUCAAUCGUCCAUGGCUAUGUCAAGGCGAUCCAGCAUCUAUGGCGAGCGCUCGGCCAACAAAGACACCCGACCCCUCAGCGAUAAAGAAUACCGCAAACAAUGCUGUGCACACAUGUUCCGCUAUCUCACAACCAACGGUUACAGUCAUCCCAUUUCCAUCAAACUGUUAACCCAGCCUAUGAUGAAAGAUUUUUUGCGGAUAUUCCAGUUCCUGUAUACACAGCUAGACAACGGGUACAAGUUCCCGGAGAAUAACACAGAACGGACCAUCCCAGAAGUCAUCAUCCUCAUGAAGGGCGUGAGAUAUCCCUUCGUACUGAAGCAGUCGUCGUUGCUGGCCUUUACUCCCAUGGAGUGGCCGUCCCUUCUGGGCGCUCUGCAUUGGCUGGUUGAGCUGUGCCAGUAUAAUGAAGGCAUUGGCCCUGCCCCAUAUUUCUACUCGGUGUCGGAGUUUGACGAAGGUGUGCCGAGAGACGCCCAAGCCCAGCAUGUAUUUGAAUAUGUGUCUAAGGCCUAUGCCAGUUUCAUGCUAGGCACAGGAGACGAUGACGACGACGACGGCACCGAUCUCACGCUGUUCUCACGACGAAAGGACUCUCUCCUUGAACGGAAGCAACAGAUUGAUCAGAGCAUCGACCGGCUGAAGAAUGAAUCUGUCAGGUACACGCAGGGCCCCACUCCGCUGCAAGAGGCGACGCAGAUGAAAGCCGAUUGCGAAUCUGACAUGCGGAAGUUUGUGCGCGUGAUACAAGACUACGAACGAAAGCUGAUGUCCAGGCAGAAGAAGUUGGCUGAGAAAACAGCCCUGGUGGAGCAAGCACGCAAAGAGGCCGCGCAACUGCAAGCGGAGUCAUCGCAUCUGAACAACGUGCUGGCCAACCAGGAACUGUCGCCAACGGAUGUGCUCCGCAUUAAUAUGGAUAGGGCUCAUCUGAAGAAGAGCUUGGAAGAUGCGCAGAAGCAGAAGGAAGACUCCGACAUGAAGCUAUUCGAGCGAGAGAAGGAGAUCACACUGGCCACUCAAGAGAUCCACCGCAAGAUUUAUGCGUAUCACGAGUUAGCUGGUAGCAUCGGCGUUGUGCCCUCUUCAGCCAAGAACGCGGCGGGGAUGCGAUACGAGCUGGAGUACAAGUCCUCAGAACCAGAACCCGAGCGCAACCUCUUAGGCUAUCUCAAGGACACCAUCACGCCAGCGCUGCAGAAGCUCAAGCUAUCGCACAGCGCCAACAUCAGAGAAGUGCAGAACUCUCUGCUGGAAGCACAGGAGGAGCACGAGCAGGUGAACGAAGAUCUGACCGAAAGCAACAACCGGCUUAACGACCUCAGGAACAAACUGCACCGACUGGAAGCGCAAUACCGCGACAAGAAAGACAUCGCGAAUUCGACGCUGAGGAGCCUACAGAUGGCCGAGGAUGAAUUAGAGGAGCAGGUUACGCAAAUGGACAUCGUCUACCACGACGGAUCGCUGCAAAGAUUACAGGCACAAUACGAAGACCAAGUGCAGCGCCAGGUGGCCGAGCGCAAUCAGAUGAUUCCUGCGCUGUACGCGUCACUGAACGACGCUGUGUCGCUGAAGGAGCACGUGAGCGACCAGCUGGAUCAGCUGAACAAGAUGGCCUGCGCCGCCAUAAACGACAUCAUGAGUUUCCAGCGGUGAAUGGGGAAACGGUUGGUGGGCGAGAGGGUGAAGAUAGGACGUAUGGGGGUGUAUGGAAACGGAACGAUAGUCCUGGUGUAGGAUUCGAAAGGGUUGCCAGGCAGCGUGGCAGAAGAUUUGAUCACUUGGCCAUUUGUAGAUAUAGUUCUGGUGCGGGCCACACAAUCCACACUGAAUCACAGGAGACUUCAUCGAGUCCCUAUCAUUUAUAUAUAACCGCUGUCUAAGGCAGCCCUUCCGUUAGGUACGGUACCCCGAUGGUAUUCGCAGUCAGCGGUCGUCCCGAACUAUUCUGGCUGUCCUAACCACAGCUAUAGAGCGUGCUGUGGUGCCUCAAGCGAGAACCCAGUGCUCACCCAGGAUUGACAUACAUACUGAACACAUGCCGCAGAAGACACAGUCCGCACAAUGUAAAUAGAUAAACACAACCAGUCACGUCUGGAUCAGUUCGGCGACUUGACUUAACAAGUAAUGAGGGGCGGGGAGACGACUGCGUGCACCGGGAUGAGCUUUGCCAUCAGUUGGCACCUACCACAGAGCAUGGUGCGGUUCAAGAGGCAAUCACAGUAUAAGGACUAACAUCAUAUUAGAUGUCAGAGGAUGGGCCCGGCAAGUUUUUGGUACAGAACUUUGCAGCGUGCGGACUAUUUUACUCGGCAUGGGACACUCUGUCGGCUGAAGCUUGUCGACUUGGAAACCGCAAUCGAAAACUGAACAAUUAACUCGCCUCAGUUCGAGUGAAUAAAUUAUCCAUGCACGUUUGUAAC